AUGCCUCUGAAGUUGAAGGCUGGUUGGAAAAACGAUCUCUUUCCAGAGUCACUCAGCAGCAUUGGCAAUACGAUCCUCUUCAAAGCUUUCGCCUUCUAUGACACCAUCAUUAUUCUAUCCGGGAACUUCGGCGACAAACCAAGGAUUGUGGAUGAUAGCUGGGAGCGAUGCUAUGGACAUCCAAUCCCAGUCCCCUAUAUUUGA